CUUACUAGAUAAGUAAGAAAAAAAGAAGCCUAGUGUAGCAUUUAGCAUUGCAGUAUAACCCAUUUGUGCUGGUCAUAUGAAGUUAGUUUGUUGAUCUAUGUGACAUUUGAACCCCCUCAAAUAAAACUUUGAGAAGUUAAGAGGAACAGGUAAAUGAGAUGGUCACAGUCACAUAUAACGCUACACCGUGCUUCCUCAUCCCUCGCUCUCCAGUUACGCUCUCUUCUCAGAAGAUGCGCACGCGCCACCGCUCUCCGCCCCGGCAAGCAACUCCACGCCGUCGCUACCGUUACCGGCCUCCUCUCCUCCCCCAACCUCUUCCUCCGCAACGCCAUUCUUCAUGUCUAUGCUGCCUGCGCUCUCCCUUCCCACGCACGUAAACUGUUCGACGAAAUUCCCCAAUCGCACAAAGACUCCGUAGACUACACCGCCCUCAUCCGUCGCUGUCCCCCUCUCGAAUCCCUCCAACUGUUCAUUGAAAUGCGCCAACUGGGCCUCUCCAUUGACGCGGCCGCCAUGGUUUGCGCUCUCAACGCGUGUGCCAGGCUCGGAGACCCGAAUGUUGGGCCUCAGGUGCAUUCAGGUGUGGUGAAGUUCGGGUUUGGGAAGUGCACCAGAGUGUGCAAUGCGGUAAUGGAUUUGUAUGUGAAGUUUGGGCUUCUGGGUGAGGCUAGAAAGGUGUUUGGAGAGAUUGAGGUGCCUAGUGUUGUGUCUUGGACAGUGGUUUUGGACGGUGUGGUGAAGUGGGAAGGUGUGGAGAGUGGGAGGGUGGUGUUUGAUGGAAUGCCUGAGAGGAAUGAGGUUGCUUGGACGGUUAUGAUUGUCGGUUAUGUUGGGAACGGGUUUACAAAGGAAGCUUUUUGGCUCCUGAAAGAAAUGGUAUUUGGUUGUGGUUUUGAGUUGAAUUGUGUUACCCUUUGUUCAGUUUUGUCAGCUUGUUCUCAGUCUGGUGAUGUGUGUGUGGGUAGGUGGGUUCAUGGUUUUGCUGUGAAAGCAAUGGGGUGGGACUUGGGUGUUAUGGUGGGGACAAGUUUGGUUGACAUGUAUGCAAAAUGUGGGAGGAUAAGUAUUGCGUUGGUGGUGUUUAAGAACAUGUCAAGGAGGAAUGUGGUGGCGUGGAAUGCUGUGCUUGGUGGGUUGGCCAUGCAUGGGAUGGGGAAAGCUGUGGUGGAUAUGUUUCCUCACAUGGUGGAAGAAGUGAAACCGGAUGCUGUGACUUUUAUGGCUUUGUUAAGUGCCUGCAGCCAUUCGGGUCUAGUUGAACAGGGUCGGCAGUACUUUCGUGAUCUUGAGUCUGUUUACGAGAUAAGGCCAGAAAUAGAGCAUUAUGCUUGCAUGGUAGAUCUUCUUGGUCGAGCUGGACAUUUGGAAGAAGCUGAGCUUUUGGUGAAGAAGAUGCCAAUUCGUCCAAAUGAAGUUGUUCUGGGGUCCCUUUUGGGUUCCUGUUAUGCACAUGGUAAGUUGCAGCUGGCCGAAAAGAUUGUGCGAGAGUUGGUUGAGAUGGAUCCACUCAACACAGAGUAUCAUAUCCUCCUUUCCAACAUGUAUGCAUUGUCUGGGAAAGUAGAAAAGGCAAAUUCCUUUAGGCGGGUUCUUAAGAAAAGAGGUAUCAGAAAGGUGCCAGGAAUGAGCUCCAUAUAUGUUGAUGGUCAACUUCAUCAGUUCAGCGCAGGGGAUAAGUCACACCCGCGAACUUCAGAGAUUUACUUAAAGCUAGACGACAUGAUUUGCAGGUUGAGGUUGGCUGGCUAUGUCCCCAAUACAACUUGUCAAGUUUUGUUUGGUUGUUCCAGCAGUGGUGAUUGUACUGAAGCAUUGGAGGAGGUAGAACAGGUAUUGUUCGCUCAUAGUGAGAAGCUGGCACUGUGUUUUGGCCUAAUUAGCACAUCAUCUGGUUCUCCACUAUAUAUUUUCAAGAACCUACGGAUAUGCCAAGACUGUCAUUCUGCUAUUAAGAUUGCCUCUAACAUAUACAAACGUGAAAUUGUUGUCCGAGAUCGUUAUCGUUUCCACAGUUUCAAGCAGGGUUCUUGUUCUUGCUCUGACUAUUGGUGAGUGAACCUUUUGGACGAGGAAGUUGAAGUUUCAAUCAUCAGGGACUCAUUAGAGUAACUCGGUUUACAUUAUGAGGAGGUCCAUCCUCAGACCAAGUAUUGUUGGGGAAAGUGAAAGCUAGGCUGACUACAAAGAGAAUGAAAUGAGUUGGUUUCAGUUUCAAGACCUAUGUUGUGUUUACUUCCCUCACCUAUUUUUUGGGAAGUUCUAAAUCUAAACAAGAACGAUAUCUCACUUAAUAUGUAUGACAUUGUAACUAUUGAACAGCACUUGAACUUUAUAAUUACCUAGAAGAAUAGACAUGAAAGAUAUCACCAAUUCUUUUCAGUUUGCAUGAUCAAUCCAGGUU